GACGCUCGAGCGAGUUCUUCUGUCCUUAUCGUCAAGUGGGACGUUUGUCGAGGAUCCUUUGGCUGAACAGUGAAUUAAACAGCAGUGCGCCGUAGCUUAAAUAUCGUUCGUAUCGCCCCGAUUGACGCCGAUCGCACGCGCCAGCAGCAGCCACGAGCAAGGAGGAGCAUCACCAUGAGAGCCUACGUUACGUUAGCAGCGAUCCUCAUCGCCGGUACGAGCGCGCAAGAGUCGUUCAAGUGUCCGGACGACUACGGUUUCUAUCCGCACCACCUGUCGUGCGACAAAUACUGGAAGUGCGACAAUAGCGUCGCCGAGCUCAAGACCUGCGGCAACGGCCUCGCCUUCGACGCUUCCGACAGCAAAUUCCUUACGGAGAACUGCGAUUACCUGCACAAUGUCGACUGCGGCGAGCGCACGCAACUCGAGCCCCCGAUCGGGACGCCACACUGUGCUCGGCUCUACGGCAUCUUCGCCGAUGAGAAGAAGUGCGACACCUUCUGGAACUGCUGGAACGGCGAGGCCUCGAGGUAUCAGUGCAGCCCCGGUCUGGCCUACGACAGGGAGGCUCGAGUCUGCAUGUGGGCCGACCAAGUGCCCGAGUGCAAAGUCGAAGAGGUUGCCAAUGGGUUCGCGUGUCCGGCGGCUGGUGAGGUAAGCGGUGCUUCCGGCAGCUUCUCAAGGCACGCCCAUCCCGACGACUGUAGGAAGUACUACAUCUGUUUGGAGGGCAUCGCCAGAGAAUACGGAUGCCCCAUCGGUACCGUCUUCAAGAUUGGCGAUUCCGAUGGCAGUGGCGCCUGCGAGGAUCCCGAAGACGUUCCUGGAUGCGAGGACUACUAUGGCGACCUGGACCUAAAGAGCAUAAGGAAGAGCGAGCUGCUCGCGGGCAUCCAAAGCUCGGGCGAGUCGAGGAACGUGGCGAACAAGCCGAGCAAGCCGAGACCCUCCUCGGGCCAGACCGCCCGACCGGCCCAGCCCCAGGGCCAGGAGUAAGUCGGCUCCAGCCCUACGGCGGGCGAAGCGACGA